ACACACUUCACCCUUCUGGGCCUGUCCCACUCCCGUCCUCUCCAGCUUCUCCUCUUCGGCCUCGUCGUGGCCUGCUAUGCCGCCAGCCUGCUGGGCAAUCUCCUCAUUGUGCUGACAGUGCAGAACGUGUGUUUAUUUAGCCACUUCCAUGUUCUUCUGCAUGUCAAUGGUGAGUCCAGAUGCCGUGUCGAGCACUGAAGACGUUGCUGUACCGCCACCCAAAAGCAUCUCUUGAGACUUUCUUGCUAAUGGCAGGGCUGUUCUACCUCCGAGGAAUAUGAUGAGACAUUUCCCCAGGGACGUGGUCCCAGAAGCCAGGGAAGAAAAUAACCCCCCUCCCUCCAUUCCCUUCCACACGUCCAGCACCUGCCGCGAGCAGAGGGAACCGCCCUUCGUACAGAAGGGGCACCUGGCAGAAGACAUUUUGAAGCACGUGGAAGAGAGGAAAGUGAUCAGGAAUAUCCAACAUGGAUUCACCAAGAGCAAGUCAUGCCUGACCAACCUGACAGCCUUCAAUGACAAGAUGAAUCCUUAUGAAGAAACAAUGAACUUGAAUCAAACAGUGGUGACUGAGUUUCUUCUCCUGGGAUUUUCUGCCUCUCCAGAGCAGCAGAUUUUACUCUUUGUGGCACUGUUAGCCAUUUAUCUGGUCACUGUGUUGGGAAACCUCCUCAUUAUACUUGUAACACUGAUGGAUCCCUCCCUUCACACCUCCAUGUACUUUUUCCUGUCUAAUUUAUCUGCCUUAGAGAUGGGUUACAUCUCGGUCACUGUCCCCAAAAUGAUGGUGAGCCUCAUCUCAGGGGACAAACACAUCACCUUGGUUGGCUGUGCCGUGCAAAUGUGCUUCUUCCUUUGUUUCGGCAGCACAGAGUCUUCUUUUCUGGCCACCAUGGCGUACGACCGCUACGUGGCAAUAUGCAACCCCUUGUAUUAUCCCAUGAUUAUGAACAAGAAGGUUUGUGUCCUGCUGGCAGUCACUUCCUGGACUAUUGGCAUUCCGGCUCAGGUGGUGCAGACUGGCUUGGUAUUCUCCUUACCCUUCUGUAGCUCCAAAGAAAUCAACCAUUUCUUCUGUGAUCCAGCCCCUCUGCUGUUGCUGGCCUGUGCCGACACCUCCAUAAAUGAAACUUUGACUUACACCAUAGUCAUAUUCUUUGGAUUGGUGCCCUUUGCCCUGAUUCUGUUCUCCUACAUCCGGAUCAUUGCCACCAUCCUCAUCUUGCCAUCUGAUGAGGGCAAAAGGAAAUCCUUCUCCACAUGCUCCUCCCACCUCAUCGUUGUGGCUUUAUUCUACGGUUCCGGAAUCCUCCUUUAUUUAUGGCCCCAGCCUAAUGAAUUCCCAGAAAAUGGAAAACUUCUCUCCUUGUUCUACACUCUUUUGCCUGCCACGUUGAACCCUUUUAUCUACAGCCUGAGGAACAGGGAUCUCCAAACAGCUCUGAAGAGAAAUGUGUGGUACAAAAUGACUCCUCGCUAACAUUAAAUGGGGAACAUAUUUUCCAGCCUGUUUUUACCUUACGAUAAAACUGAGGCUUACUGAAUUUUUUCCACUAAGAACAAA